AUGGCCCCCAUCAAAACUGUUGGUGUCGUCGGUACCGGUGUCAUCGGUGCCUCGUGGACAGCUCUGUUUCUCUCGCAUGGACUGAAAGUCUUGGUAUCCGAUCCUGCCCCUGGCGCUGCAGACAAGCUGGCUGCAUUCAUCAAGCAAGUAUGGCCGACUCUGGAGCGUAUGGGCAUCGACAACGAUGCAAACCCGGACAACUAUGAGUUCGUUGGAAAGGACUUGGGCGAGCACAUCAAGGAAUGUGACUUCAUUCAAGAGAAUGCGCCUGAACGUGUUGAGCUGAAGACAAAGUUGCUCGCCGAGCUCGAUCGCAACGCUCGUGAGGAUGUCAUCAUCGCAUCUUCAUCUUCUGGACUGCCUAGCUCAAAAUUCGUCGGAGAAUGCCAACACCCCGAACGUGUCCUCAUCGGCCAUCCUUUCAAUCCUCCUCACUUGAUGCCUCUGGUUGAGGUGGUCCCUCACCAAGGCACAUCGGACAGCGUCGUAAAGGAUGCUCUUGCAUUCUACAAAAGCGUUGGCCGCAAACCUGUACACGUCAAACAGGAAGUGCCCGGGUUCGCAGCCAACCGUCUGCAGUCAGCCUUGUGUAACGAGGCGUACAGCCUUGUGAGCCGUGGCGUGCUUUCGGCAGAGGAUCUUGAUGCCUGUGUAACCACCAGCAUUGGUCCCCGAUGGGCGGUCGUUGGACCGUUCCUUGCGAACGCCAUGGGCGGUGGAGGUGGUAGCGACGGAUUCAAGCAUCUGCUUGAGCAUUUGGGUCCUGCAGCCAGAGUGUGGGCCGAGGAUAUGAACGCUCAUGCUUUCACUUGGACCCCAGAAAACGUGGCAGCUCUGACAAGCAGUGUCGGAGAAGAAUUGAAAGGCAAGGAUGUUGCUGCGCUUGAACGUCAGCGUGAUGAGCGUCUGGUUGAUAUGUUCAAGGCCAAGGGCCACAGGAGAACUAGUGUCAGUAGCAUAGACUACUAG